UUAAAAUAAUUAAAAUAGAAAGAAAACAGAAACCGAACGGAGUAUUGAGGUUUAAGUAAACAAUACUUUUUUAAACGCUUAAAUUAUUUUAUUCUAAAAGUGUUUUUACCUGAAACAAGAUGCUACCGCUUUCGCUACUUAGAACAGCCCAAAACCAUCCCAUGCUUGUUGAAUUAAAAAACGGCGAAACCUACAACGGCCACUUGGUCAGCUGCGACAAUUGGAUGAACAUCAAUCUCAGAGAGGUGAUCUGUACUUCUCGAGAUGGUGACAAGUUUUGGAGGAUGCCAGAGUGCUACAUCAGAGGCAGCACUAUAAAGUACCUCAGAAUUCCUGACGAAGUUAUUGAUAUGGUUAAGGAAGAGACCCUCGUUAAGAACAAACAAAUGAGAGAUCAGAAGGGUGGCCGCGGUGGACAGAAUCAAAGGAAUAGGCCUGCGGCAAGAGGUAACUUCGGAAACAGGCCUAAUAAACCCCAAGGAGGUGGACAACAGAAAUUGUUCCAAAAGAACAAAAUGCCUAAACAAUAAUAUUAAAUAAGUACAAGUUUUGUAUUUGAUGACUAUAGACAUAUAAGUAUGUAAUUUAAUUUUGUGAUUUCCUCUUAGAAAAAUUAAAAAUUUCUUGAAGAGUUCUUUAUUGGAUACGAUCAAGGGUAGGAUAAAUUAGACACACUUCUUCAAAAUAACACAUUGAUAAUAUAAUGGUAUUGGUAAAUGUAAUAAAACUAUCUUGAUACAAUUAACAAUUUUCAAUUUAAAAAUAUCAGAUUUGUUGUGCUUUAAAGAAGAGAAAACAUUCAAAUUCUGAUACCUAUACUGCAAGUUUGCACAAAAAAAGUUAAGGUAUUUAUGGUUAUUUAAAUAUUAUCAGUCUCUAUGUAGUAUAAUGUAUGUACAAAAAAGGGAGAAUUGAAUAAGUUGCUGAGCACCAGAACAAUUUUGUUUUGAAAAUCCUUAUUUUGGAACCCCUUUCAAUUUAAUGUUGCUGAACAACUAUUUCACAAUUUGUUCCAGUAUUCAGUACUCAUAUAAGAUACUUUAUCUACAAGCGUUUGGUUAUGACGUUUUUACAUAUGUAACCAUUUUUUGAGUAUUUGAGUUAUGUCAUGAGACUGAUGGCGUUUCCGAUUGGUAGAUUUAGUGCGCACUGAGUGUAUUUGCAUCCUUUUAAUCGACCUGUAGAAGAAAAAGACGGAAAUAGAGAAAAUUGCACUAGUUCUGCACUAGAUCUACCAAUCGGAAACGCCAUGAGACUCAUAACAGAACAGUGGCGUUAUGGACUAGGUUAUGAAUUCAUAACACAACGUUCCCUGCGUUUUUAUUCUCAUCAAAUUUUAUCGAUGGAUCCACCAUUCUAUGGCCAUCAUUGUCAUUUUCCAUUCACUAAACAAAGAUAGCUAACUCAUCGGUGAAGUCACCGAUGAGAAUAAAAACGAGGGGUAUUUUUGGUGAUUUGACAAAUGUCAAAGUUAAACGUGUAAAGGUAAAAUGAUAGUAGACAACGACUGAAGGCCAAAACUAGCAACACGCCACGUCAUGCUUCUGUCCAUUUGCACACAAACUGUCCCACGUGAACCUGUGUCACAUGGCGUGGGGUGGCGUGGCAUGUUGCUAGUGGGUUUCGGCCUUAAUACACGAAAAUGAUUGAAAAAUAGCUAUUUAUAUAACAAGUACAUAAAGUAAGGCUUUACAGUAUGAAUAAUUUUAUGGCCAAGCAAGGCUAUUAAAUGAUGAGUCGAUAAAGCCUGUUUAUGUAAGCUUUAUAUACAUGAUUUCAUGUACGAUUGCGACUGAUUUUUAUCAAAAAUUAAAAAAAUUCAAUAAAAAAGAUCAAAUUUGAAUAUACCUGUUUCCAUUUGGCAGGUUGUCAGAUAGUCCAGGUAGGCAAUAAAGUAGCACUUUAUUUAUUUUACUAGUAAAAUAAAGUAGCACUUUAUUUUACAGUAAAAUAAAGUGCUACUUUAUUGACGCAAAACUGUUCUAUAAAUAGCACUUUAUUGGUCAAUCGGACAUAAACAUUAUUAUUUUUCACUUUGUAGAUAAAACGUUGUAAAUCACACGUGCGUUUAAACGUGACUACAAAACUCGUGUGAUUAGAACGACUCGGUCUACGACCUCGUCGUUCUAAUCUUUCGCACUCGUUAUUGUAAUCAUGUUCAUAAACGCACUUGUAAUGUAAAUAACUAUCAUACAUUUCUUUAAAUAGAUCUAGCAAUAUCGAUUUUCAACUACUGCAAACUAUGCUUAAAACAAAAACCCAAUUUGUCAUGGUAAUAUACCCAUUAAAUCUUACCAGCUAUUAUUGCUAAUUAUAGGUCUGUUUCUGCAGAAAUCACAAAUUAGUCAGAGUGAAUUUCAUUGGCUGAAUCUACUGACUGUUUUCAACCAAUGAAAUUCGCUCCGACUGGUUUGUGAUUUCUGCAGAAACAGACCUUAUAUUUGAUUAAAACAGUGAAAAACUUAUACAUUUACCAAGUGCAAAAUAUACAAUACCAGGUGGGGCAAAAAAAAACGUAAAAGUUCAAAGUGCUGCGACUCUGGUUGCGAUAGAAGUACCAGGUUUUUACCCAUUAAAAAUAGAAAAUAUUGAACCCUUGAAAAAAAAAAGAGUUUAUUUCAACAACUGAUCCCUUGAAUAAAAAAAUAAGACAAAGCAGACCUAUGUUGAACAUGUCCUCUAGAGUCUUUUUUAAAAUUGCAAAAUAGCUUUUUUUUCCUUUAUUUCAACAUGAUAAGUUAAACAAUAGAUGUAUGUACCUGAACUAGAGACCCUGAGCUAUGCGGGUCAUUCAGUAUCAUUAUAACAUUAUUACAAUAUAUUACCGUAUUAUUAUACAUUAUACUCACACAAGAGAAAAUAUUCAGUACAAGUAGGUACUGUAUCAGAAAGUUGUUGCAUUUAUGAAUAUAUUAGUUCUAAAUUGCAGAUAAAGCCUUUCAUUGUACAGCCCCAAAGUAUCCAUCGAAGAUCAGCUGCUUCAGCUUACACUUGAAACAAGUUAUGUUCAAUCUUUUAACAGAUUCUGGGAUUCGAUUGUAAUACCUCAGUCCUUCUGAGUUGUAGUGUUCAUUGCCAACGUUCUCAAGUUUUCAUUGAGUCUGGUAUUGUGUAGAUGGAUUGUGUUGGCUAGGAUGAGAUUUAUUCUUAUUAUAGAGUGAAUAUUGGAAGUAUUGCAAGAAUGGAUAAAGAUGCAUGUUUGCAAGAUAUACAGCGAUGCCAUAUGGAAAUUAUGUUUUUUGUUGGAAACAGAAAUGGCUGCUUAAACAAUUUUUUUCUGAUAAUGGAAAUAGUUUAAGUGAAGCAUUGCCCCAUAGCAAAGUUAGAUAUGAUAUGUGACUUAUGUGAAAAUGGAUAAGGGAAUUGUAUAUCAUCUUACGAUGCGUAAUGGACAGAUAGUUCAAUAUUCGACCAAGUACUCCAAUUGCUGGUGUAAUCUUUUUGCAAGAUGUGUAUAUCCCAAGUAAGUUUUGAAUCGACAAAGAAAUCCCUAAACCACAGUAUUGCUGAACCUCCAAUACCAGUUUUUUCAGGCACCUCCACGAGAAUUUUGUGAUUUACUGUAUCAAAAGCUUCUCCAGCCGUCCAGCGAGACAAGUACACACUUUUACCUCUUAUCAACCUUUUCAUAAAUAUUUGUAAUUAGGUCUGUAGUUGCUGAGGAGGUAUUGCUGUGUUUUCUGAAUCCAUAUUGACCCACCCGCAUACCAAAAAUUUAUUCCAUCCAAAUAACUGGUUGAUCUCAUAUUUACACAGGUCUCCAAUACCUUAGACAUGGCUGGGGGCAGGGAAAUGGGCCUGUAGCUUUUUAGUUAUGUGCUAUCACCACCCUUAAACAAAGGGACAACCUUUGUCAUUUUAAACAGACUUGGUACAGAUGUGGUAUAAAAAACAAUAUUUAUCAACCUACAUGAAGUACCAGAUGAUAUUUCAUUUUUUAAUUCCUUUAUUGUAUCAAUGCCCAAGUUGUCAGUCCCAGGUGAUUUUGAGGGGAAAACAUUGUUGGGGGGAUGUUUUUUGCUAGUUCUGCAGUAAUUCCAGGAAAGUAUUGGUUUAGCAAGUUGGCAACAUCCUGUGGGUUCUGCACAAGGUGUCCUUCAUGUAUUAAUUUUACCUUGCAAAUUCCCAAUUUUGCAAAAGACUGCUUACUUUGGUGAAAAAAAUUUUUGGCGAAGCCAUACUAUGAAGAAUGCAGAAAUCUUUGCUGCCAAAUAAUGUAUUUUUUUAUAGUAAGAAAAGUCUGAUUUUGGAAAUUAUAUAGUUUCAGUAUGCCUUCAACUGCAGGUUGGUAUUCAAUGCAUAGACAGUUGAAAAUGUAGUUACAGUUUUUGCAAAGUUGGGGUAGUUUGGGUUCAAAUAUUAAGUAAUGUUGCAAAGAUAAUGCAAUGCUUCUCUUCCAUGAAACCUUACAUAAAAAACAUAAGUUUAUGGAAAAAAUCUUAUUGAAAUGGUUAGUCGUUUUGCACGUUUUGUCUUGAUUCAAUCCUGCAGAAAUUCAUUAUUUGCCCUUUAGGCAAAAACAUUAUUUGAGGGGUUGACACUGCAAUAGCUCAGGAAUAUUGAUUUUUCCUCAAAUCCUGAUCAGACACAAAACGAAAAUGGAAAAAAGUUUCCACUACAAUGUGCAUUAUGAUCUUUAAAGUUUCAAAAACAAUCCAAGUGAAUAUUUCCCUGAUGUAUAAAAAAUCCCAAAAGAGAAAUGCAAUUAUCGAAAACUUAUAGCGAUUAUACAACUCACUAUACAUUAUUCUCAUAUGACACGAGAGGCUUAAAAAGUGAUAAGCCUUUUGGGAUGGUCGCGCUUACCAGCAACACCACUCCUCCUUCGGAGUCAUGGUGUUGCUGCGUAACGCGUUUC